AUGGCCCCUUCCAUUACUGCUGCUGCUGAUGCUUGUAGCAGCAAGGAAAAAGAGACGGAUGUUACUCUGAUACCGGACGAACGACGAAGAGGAGACGCAAGGUUGAAAAUAGAAAAAGAACUGUUGCAGGAUGCUGGAGAGAUGCAGCGAAGCCAGCAAACGGCAGGUUGCUCCGCGGUAAGGGCGAACAGGGUGCUACAGGCCCCACAGGCUGGAAAGAAGUCGAUCAGGAAAGGAACUUGCACAAUCGUCAAUUCAAUUAGCACAGGAAACGAAAGGAAGCGAAUCCGAGUAACAGUGACUCGAAGAAAGUGAGAAUUUUACCUUCGCCUACUUCUACGACCGAUUUAACCGAUUCCUUUGUAAGCCCGCUGUAAGCAGGAAGAAUGUGUAACGGGAAAGUAACAAACGUCGGAGAAGAAACCGGCUAUUCCCUUCGCAAAUCUUCUGAAUAGCAGGGUUUCAAAUCCUACCACCUGGCCCAUGGUUGGAUCAGCUCGAAAAGGUAAUACGUAUCUUACCAGAAGAAGGUGACAGCCUUGAAGAGAACUUCAAUGGUGGCAACGUUCGCGGAUCCAAGUCACGUUUUACGCGGUUGCGUUCGGAAUCAGAUGGAAACUGAUAACCGUGCGUCGCCGUCUUUACGAUGAUUUGUUCCAGCAUCGUCCAGGGCCAAAGUCAACAGCCAGCCGGUAAUAAAGCGAUGGCCAACAGGGAUGGCAAUGACCCGAGCAUCGCGAGAAAUCUCUCGAUUGGGUCCAGCUGGUGCACUCGCAGAGAGCUGGUCAACAAAUAGAUUUCGCAGUUUCCACCUCGUCCACCGCUUCUACGAUACGUUUUCUCGGAUGAGUCAGACACCCUCCACUUGAACCCGUGUACACCGGUCACUCUUCUAUUUUAAUAAUUGUACCGAAACCGCACCUCUAAUUUUACCUCCUAACGGGUGCUCUCUUCCUUUACGCUUCGUUAACCCUUUCGUUGCAAAUGACGAAGACUGGAACCAUGAAAAAUAAAAUUUCAAAAUGA